GGGGAGGGGGAGAAUCCGAGAAGCUAGAGGUUCAUCUGCAGAGAAGACAAAGUGCGUGUUCUCCUAAAUCUCCCAGAACCUUCUCCUAAACCCAAGGAGUCUCGGCUGCUGCUGCCGCCAGUACCAACUUGGCAGGCUUUACGACUUUCUGGUACUUAAAUGGAAAUUUCUUGACUUGAAAAACCUGGGUUCUGGGGACCAGGCGCCCUUAUCUUCGUUGUCACUGGCAGAGGUGGCUGUUCUUCAUCUCCGACGGGACCGCUUUGGAGUUUUCUUCCCCCGCCCAAUCUGAGAUGGAUGGAUAGUUUCUUGCCCUUGCCCGGCUGUGUGGUCUUCUUUUUAUCUACAAAGUAACGACGACUCUGGGGUUUAGAGAAACAACAUUUAGGGAGAUGCCGGGUGGGUGCGCGCUUUGCACAGCGCUUGGUUUUGCAUAGCAUCCUCUUUUUGAAAAGCUAAAUAACUAGGGGCGGGAGGGUGGGGAGGGCGAGCUCUAUGAGCUUCAAGGGGAACCCCACACUUGGACAGCUGCCCUUCUCACGUCCGCCCUUCCUUUAUUUCUACCCAUCCGCUCGAGGUCUGUGCUCAGUACCUGAGUAGGUUGGCCAGGGAUAGGGCAAGGGAGGGCUUUUCACGCUCAAACCUCUUAUCCUAAGGAUGGACAUACCCGGCUGAGCUGCGUAGCCAGCAGAGGCACGUCGAGCACACGGACCUUUACAGUUGCCUAGUUCCCUCGCUUGAGGCACAAAACGGCUGAGAGAGGCAGAAGACCUUCCCCAUCAGCCUCCUGCCUCUGCCUCUCCUGGAAGCAUCCACCCAGAUCAAUCGAAAGGAAAGGAAAGGCACGGGGUCAGCCUCCAAAGUCGAGUACUUGGCCCAAGACCCAGUCUAGGAUAGCUGGUGGGGACGUGAUUGGGGCCAAGUGUACUCGCCCGCUCGCCUGUGAAUACCAGUUCCUGCAUUUCGGAAGCUCUGGGUUUCUUCUCUCCCUCUCUGGAGGCAGUUAGGGGAGGCGACAGGAUUAUGAAAGAAAAGAAAAAAAACCCAGUUCCUCAAGAGCCCUCAAAGUGACAGACACAAAGACCAGGUCCAGAUUGAUCGUGUGUGGCCCCCCAGACCUGGGAGCGAUUGCCACUUUCUUCCUCUUCCUCCUUGGCUCGCCCUCCCUCCCCACCCCCUGACCCUAGGAGGCUUGUUGGCUGUCUGCUUCCCCGCCCCCAGGCCGCGGCGGUCGGGCAGGCGGGCAACCGGGGGCUCCAUCCACGCCGUCCCGCUCGCAUGAGACCGUUUUCCCCGCCGCUGGCGCCCCCCUCCCCGCGCCCGUGGUGAUGCCAUGCCCCGCAACCACGGGGGAGGAGAUGAGGGCGGCUCCGCCGGGCUCUGGCUGAAGAGCAGCGCGGCAGCGGGCGGGGGGCGCCUGGCUACGGGCAUGAAGGAUGUGGAGGCGGGCCGGGGCCGCGUGCUCCUGAACUCGGCUGCCCGCGGAGACGGCUUGCUGCUGUUGGGCACCAGCGCCGGCGCGCUCGGCGGCGGCGGCGGCGGCGGUGGCGGCUUCAGGGAGAACCGCCGGGCGAAGCACGGAGCCCGAAUGAGCCUGCUGGGGAAGCCGCUGGCUUACAACAGUAGCCAGAGCUGCAGGAGGAACGUCAAGUAUCGGCGGCUGCAGAAUUAUCUGUACAACGUACUGGAGAGACCCCGAGGGUGGGCGUUCAUCUACCACGCGUUCGUUUUUCUCCUUGUCUUUGGUUGCUUGAUUUUGUCAGUGUUUUCUACCAUCCCCGAGCACACAAAAUUGGCCUCUAGUUGCCUCUUGAUUCUGGAGUUUGUGAUGAUUGUUGUCUUCGGUUUGGAAUUCAUCAUCCGUAUCUGGUCGGCUGGUUGCUGCUGUCGCUACCGAGGAUGGCAAGGAAGAUUGCGAUUUGCCAGGAAGCCAUUCUGUGUUAUAGAUACCAUUGUUCUCAUCGCUUCAAUAGCAGUUGUUUCUGCAAAAACUCAGGGUAAUAUUUUUGCAACAUCCGCACUCAGAAGUCUUCGUUUCCUACAGAUCCUCCGCAUGGUGCGUAUGGACCGAAGAGGAGGAACUUGGAAAUUAUUAGGUUCAGUUGUCUAUGCUCACAGCAAGGAAUUAAUCACAGCUUGGUACAUAGGAUUUUUGGUUCUUAUUUUUUCAUCUUUCCUUGUCUACCUGGUGGAAAAGGAUGCAAAUAAACAGUUUUCUACUUAUGCAGAUGCUCUCUGGUGGGGUACAAUCACAUUGACAACAAUUGGCUAUGGAGAUAAAACCCCCCUAACUUGGCUUGGAAGAUUGCUUUCUGCAGGGUUUGCCCUCCUUGGCAUUUCUUUCUUUGCGCUACCCGCUGGUAUUCUUGGCUCAGGGUUUGCAUUAAAAGUACAGGAACAGCACCGCCAGAAACACUUUGAGAAAAGAAGGAAUCCAGCUGCCAGCCUAAUUCAGUGUGUAUGGCGUAGUUAUGCAGCUGAUGAGAAAUCAGUUUCCAUUGCUACCUGGAAGCCUCAUUUGAAGGCCUUGCAUACCUGCAGUCCUACCAAGAAAGACCAAGGGGAAACAUCCAGCAGUAAGCUCUGUAGUAAUAAACAGAAGCUCUUCAAGAUGUACACCUCUCGGAAACAUAGUUUGGGACAAUGGACCUUGCGCCAGAAGCUAAGUUUUAAAGAACGGGUGCGAAUGGCUAGCCCAAGAGGUCAGAGUAUCAAGAGCAGACAAGCAUCAGUGGGAGACCGCCGAUCUCCAAGCACGGACAUCACAGCUGAGAGCAGCCCAACCAAAGUGCAGAAAAGCUGGAGUUUCAAUGACCGAACUCGCUUCCGACCUUCCCUACGUCUCAAAAGUUCUCAGCCAAAGCCAGUAAUAGAUGCUGACACUGCUCUUGGAACAGAUGAUGUAUAUGAUGAGAAAGGAUGUCAAUGUGAUGUUUCAGUAGAAGACCUUACACCACCACUGAAAACUGUCAUUAGGGCCAUCAGAAUUAUGAAGUUUCAUGUUGCAAAAAGGAAGUUUAAGGAGACAUUACGUCCCUAUGAUGUGAAAGAUGUCAUUGAACAAUAUUCUGCUGGACAUCUGGAUAUGCUCUGUAGAAUCAAGAGUCUUCAAACACGCGUUGAUCAAAUUCUUGGAAAAGGGCAAAUUACAUCAGAUAAGAAGAGCCGAGAGAAAAACACUGCAGAGCUAGAAACUGCGGAUGACCUCAGCAUGCUAGGUCGUGUGGUCAAGGUUGAGAAACAGGUGCAGUCUAUAGAAUCAAAACUGGACUGCCUCCUGGACAUAUAUCAACAGGUCCUAAGGAAAGGCUCUGCAUCAGCCCUGACUUUGGCUUCAUUUCAAAUUCCACCGUUUGAAUGUGAACAAACAUCUGAUUAUCAAAGUCCUGUGGACAGCAAAGACCUGUCCAGUUCCGCACAAAACAGUGGAUGCUUAUCCAGGUCUGCCAGUGCCAACAUCUCCCGAGGCCUGCAGUUUAUACUUACACCAAAUGAGUUCAGCACUCAGACUUUCUAUGCUCUCAGCCCAACUAUGCAUAGCCAAGCAACACCGGUGCCAAUGAGUCAAAGCGACGGACCGGCAAUGGUGGUCACCAACAACAUUACAAACCAAAUACACCAGGUGACCAAGCCAGUGGCCCCCACCACCUUACAGAUCCCCCCUCUCCCAGCCAUCAAACAUAUCCCCAAACCUGAGCCCAUACAGAUAAACCCUGCCACCAUGCAGGAGAGUAUCUCCGAUGUCACUGCCUGCCUCAUUGCCUCAAAGGAAAGCGUUCCAUCUAUACAGUCCAACCCAACCAAGGAUCGUUCCCUGAGAAAAAGCUUUGACAUGGGAGGAGAGACCCUGCUGUCUGUUCGCCCUCCAGUACAAAAAGAUUUGGGCAAAUCAUUAUCUGUACAAAACCUAAUCAGAUCUACGGAGGAACUGAAUGUGCAGCUUUCAGGUAGUGACUCAGGGGGCUCCAGAGGCAGCCAAGAGUUUUAUCCCAAAUGGAGAGAGUCCACUUUAUUUAUAACUGAUGAAGAAGUGGGCCUAGAAGAGACAGAAAGUGAGACUUUGGAUAGCAUUUCUCAGCCUGCCAAGGAAACAGCUUUCCCUUCUGACUCUCUAAGGACUGGAAUGUCAAGAUCAUCUCAAAACAUUUGUAAGGCAGGGGAAAGUCCAGAUGUACUCAGCUUGCCUCAUGUCAAACUUAAAUAAUUUCUUGAUUUUUCUUUCUAGGCUUAGCACUUCCUUUAGCCAUACAUAUCAUUGCAUGAACUAUGUUGAAAGCCCUUUUUAAAAGAUAAAAUAAUGAGAAUCAGGAAGAAUAAGAAAGGCAGUUUAAGAGCCCAUUAUCUUCUAAUUGCAUGAAAAUGCAUGUUUCAGAGAUGGCUGAAAUUCCAAGGUACACUAACAUUAACCCAUUCAUUUAAUAAUAAGGUACCAGAGGUUAAAAUCCUGAAGGAAAAAAAAAAAAAUCUUACACAGCUAAUGCUAUGGGCUAGAUUUAAAAAAAAAAAAAAAAAAAAAAAAAAAAAAGCUAAUAUUUGAACAUUUACAAAAACUGAUACUGUAUUUUGAAAGUAUGAAAGUAAAUAUCUUCAAAUUUAAAGCACUUUUGCUUCAUGGUUAAAUACAAAGAUGUUAUUUUCCAAACUGGGCCAUUGUCUAUGUUUAUAAUCCAAAAGACUGUCUCUUGAGGCUGACAAGAAAAACAUAUAUCAGAUUAGAAAUGGCUACCAUCACAGGAUAGACAUGUCAAGGUCAUUCCAAUGCCAUCAUUUAUCUUUUAAUGUAGUUUAGAAUGUUGAUUUCUGUAAUUUUGGGGUGACUUAGUAUUGGGGUAAAUGAGUUUACACACCAUUUUCAGAUAGUUUUUGAACUAAGAACAUUCUUUUUCUAUGAAAUGUGCAAAUGUAAAGGUUCAAAGUCAAUAGCAAAAGCAAACAAACUAACCCAGUGAAGGGGACUAUCAGGUAUAGAAAAAGAUCUUCCGUGAUAAUCGAAUCAAUGAU